AUGUCAACCUUCAAGAGCUCCGUCAGCGUCACCCACAUCGGCACAGCCACUGCCCUCCUCCAAAUCGACAAUGUCACCUUCUUGACAGACCCUUUCUUCGCCCCCUCUGGCACGAAAUGGGACCUCCCCAUCAUUUCCCUCAAAGUCACCCAAGACCCUGCCAUCAAACCCCAGGACCUUCCUCCCAUUGACGCCGUCCUUCUCAGCCACGAAGACCACCCCGAUAACCUUGAUGAGGUCGGCCGCCAGGUCCUUGAAGGCAAGAAAGUCUUCACCACCAAGGAUGGCGCAAAGAACAUCGGCGACAAGGCCAUUGUCACUGGUAUGAAUGCCGGUGACAAAGCCACCCUCGUCGUGAAUGGCAAGACGUUUGAGAUCAUCGCGACGCCGGCUGAGCACGCUCCUCAGGGCGAGUGCAUUGGCUUCAUCGUCACUUCGCCCGACUUUGGCACCACCAACGGCCUUCCCAACGCCAUCUACUUUUCCGGAGACACCAUAUACAACCGGGACGUUGCCAACAGCCUCCAGGGGUACCACAUCAGUCUUGCUCUGCUCAACCUCGGCCGUGCAGCUAUUCCAGUGGGCGAGCCUGAGCCCUUGGCUAUUACCAUGGACGGCAAGCAGGCUGCUCAGCUAAUUAAGGAUGCCAAUAUCGAGAAGAUUGUGCCAAUGCACUUUGAGGGUUGGGGUCACUUUAGCGAGGGUAGAGAGGAGGCUACCAAGGCAUUUGCUGAGGCUGGUGUUAGUGACAAGGUUUUCUGGCUGCCUCGUGGUGACAGCAAGGCUUUCCUCUAA